AAAAAGAUAAACUUGAAAUUUUUCGUUGCGAUGUCGAUCGUUGUUAAUUUGAGUGUACACCGGCUUUAUGCCGAAAAGUUGUGUGAUCGUCGAUAUUUAAACGAUGAGAUUAAGAUCGACGGUAAAGUUGUGAUUGUGACUGGCGGUUCAAGUGGAUUGGGAUUGGAAACUGCUCGAAAUCUAGCUGGAAGAGGUGGACGAAUCUAUAUUGCAUCUCGUGAUGAAAGGAAAGGAAACAGAGGAGCUGAAAGUAUUCGAAAAUCCACUGGAAAUCAAAACGUUCAGUUCAUCAAACUCAACCUUGCAUCUUUAAAAUCAGUACGAGAAUUUUCCGAAACAUUUCACAAAAUAGAAAAACGACUGGACAUUCUGAUCAACAAUGCAGGAACUGCAUCGGCAUUUGAAAAGACCGAAGACAAUUUCGAACUGAAUAUGGCUGUUAAUCAUCUGGGACAUUUUCUACUCACCAACUUACUGUUAGACCUCUUGAAAGCGUCGGCACCUAGCAGAAUUCUCGUUGUCAGUUCUAUUGCACACCAAAUUGGAUUGAUAAUUCGCGACAAUUUAAAUAGUGAAAUCUACUUUCCCGGUAUCAUCAAAGCCUACAGUAACAGUAAACUGGCCAACAUUCUCUUCACGCGUGAACUGUCGCGAAAACUUGAAAAUUCAGGUGUAACGGUCAACAGUUUGGAUCCAGGGAUCUCAAUGUCUGCGAUAGGCAGCAAACUACCAUCCAGUAUUCGAAUCAUUUUUGAAACUCUUCAACAACUUAUCGGCCGCAAUCCGGAACAUGGUGCACAGACUCACCUCAUGCUGGCAGUUGAUCAGAGUGUGAAAAAUGUUUCUGGAAAACAUUUUCGAGAUUGUAUCGAACAACAACCAUCAUAUUUUGCUAGAGACAAAAUUUUGGCUCGCUGGUUCUGGGCUGACAGUGCAAAGUUGACAAAAUUGUAUCAACCUGAUAAGUGAAGUAGAAUACAGUAGUGAUUUCGCCGAUAUAAUUAGGUUUCAAUUGGUUCAAUUAUUGACUUUAGGUCUCAGAUUUCGUGAUAUUUAUUUAUUUAUCGUAUGUG